UUGGAUCUGCAUUGGCAGCUAAAGUCAUUGGUGGUGUUCUGAAUGACAACUUGGAUGAAAGGCAUUGGAGGAAAGUUCUAGAAAGUAAUUUAUUGGGUCAGAACUCUGUCGAUUCCAUCUUAAGACUGAGCUAUAUAGUUCUGCCAAAUCAUCUACAAAAUUGUUUUGCAUUUUGUUGUAUGUUCCCACAAGAUUAUCAGUUUGAUAAAGAUAAUUUAGUCCGAAUGUGGAUUGCAUUGGGUUUCAUUCAGCCGUCUCUUGAUCAAGAAGAGACUAUGGAGGAUAUCGGUGGAAGGUAUUUUGAUGUUUUGGUUAAAAAAUCUUUCUUUGAAAAGUUUGAAUACGAAAAUUUUCUUCAAACAAAUUCUCCAUACUACUACAAGAUGCAUGAUUUGCUACAUGAAUUGGCACAGUCAGUUUCCAUACAAGAAUAUUUAAGAGUUGAGGAUAGUAUAAAGUUGUCUUCUAUAAUUCCUGAGACUCUUCGACACUUGUCUAUUCAAACCUCAGAUCCAGACAUCUUAAGAAAGAUUGAGAAGUUUAAACAUUUGCAUUCUCUUUUCUUUUUCUAUAAAGAUUAUAAUCAGGAUCUUUGCAGUGGUGCACUUAUUGAAAUACUCAAAGCAUCGAAAAGCCUACGCUUAUUAUACGUAUCUGCUCCAUACUUCAAAAUUAUAGCACUUGAGGAGAUUGGAAAUUUGAUACAUCUUCGAUACUUAACCAUUUUCUGUCGUAAUUUGACUAUGCUUCCAAGAUCUCUAAGUAAUCUCUAUCACUUGCAAUACAUAUUCUGGAAUGGAGGGGUAACGUCAAACCAAGUUGAUUUUUUACCAAGUAACAUUAAUAACCUUUCUAACUUGCGUCAUGUGAAAUUGCCCGAGAAAUAUAUUUCAUUGAUAUGUGGGAUUGGGAAGCUAAAGUCUCUUCAAGAACUUAAUAUGUUUGAUCUUAGAGAUGUGAGUGGAUAUAGAAUUGGGGAGCUGGAGAAUAUGAAUGAUCUUUGCAAAUUAGGAAUCAAUUGCCUUGAAAAUGUUAAGGAUGCCGACGAGGGUUCCAGUGCCAAAUUAUGUGAAAAGAGGAGGCUCACAGAUUUAACUUUAUGUUGGAGUGACAAUAACUCGAGGAAUAUGGAUUUAGAUGAGAACGUGCUCGACAACCUUCAGCCACCAAAAUGUCUAAGGAAGCUGAACAUAUAUUCUUACAUGGGUGCAAGGUCUGCAAUAUGGAUGAACAAUGUCAAUCAGAUCUUCAAUCUAGAGAUAAUCGAAUUGAAAGAUUGCAGGAAGUGGAAAACUCUUCCUCCUUUCGGGCAACUUCCCUUCCUCAAGUCACUGACACUUUCUGAAAUGCCGAAAGUAAAAUGGCUCGAAAGUAAAUAUAAUGGGAAUGAUAAAUACCGUACCUUUCCAUUGCUAGAGGUGCUAAUUAUUGAGAGAUUAGAAGCAUUAGAGGAUUGGUUUGAGGCAGGAGUAGCUGCCGAAGAUGGAUGUUUCUUUCCUUGCUUAAUUGAACUGAAGCUAAUACACUGCCCGAAGUUGAAAGAGUUGCCCUCUUUGCCUUCUCAGCUCAAGAGCUUGAAGCUAAGUAAUAUUGGAUGGAAGACUUGGAAUUUUUGUAGCAAUUCAAAUCCUAUUACCCUUGACACAUUAGAGGUCAGUCGCUGUCCGAACAUUACAUCUCUUCCUCUGGCUGAUGAAAUAGCAAGUCUUGCGGCACUAAGACAUUUGACAAUUGAAAAUUGCCCCAAUCUGAUCUCUCUCGGAGAAAUGCCAACCAUUAAUAAUUGCCAUCUCAUGCUCAGCGAUCUUAGCAUAAGUGAUCCAUUGGUGUUGCUAAUGGAGCCAUUGAGAAGUAUCGCCUCCUUAAAAAAGCUGACAAUUGAGGAUAAUGAUGAGCUGAUUUCAUUUCCAAAUGAGGCGGAGCAGUGGUUUCUGAAAGUUAGUUCAUCUCUUUCUGAGCUGCAGUUUAUGCAUCUCGCGUCCUUAGAGUCUCUCCCUUCCUCCUUAGAAUUAUCUUCACUUCAGACAUUAUCUAUUAUAGAAUGCCCCAAUCUGAUCUCCCUCGGAAGACAUCGAGAAGUGGGGACCACUAAUAAUUGCCAUCUCAUGCUCAGCGAUAUUGAAAUAAGUGAUCCAUCGGUGUUGCUAAUGGAGCCAUUGAGAAGUAUCGCCUCCUUAAAAAGGCUGAGUAUUGAGUUUAAUGAUGAGUUGGUUUCAUUUCCAAAUGAGGCCGAGCAGUGGUUUCUCAAUAACAGGUCUUCUCUUUCUGAGCUGCGAUUUGUAUGUCUCAAAUCCUUAGAGUCUCUCCCUUCCUCCUUGGAAAGCUUAUCUUCACUUCAGUAUCUACUUAUUUCUAAUGUUCCUAUGCUUCGGGAAUUACCGAAGCUUCCUCCCUCUUUGCGUAGUCUAUAUAUUCGGAAAUGUCAUCCAGAGUUACCGAACCUUCCUCCCUCUUUGAAAUUUCUAUCAAUUCGGGGAUGUCAUCCAGAGUUGAAGGAGCGCUAUCGAGAGGAUGGAGGUUCCGAUCGGCACAAGAUUGCUCACAUUCCGAUUAUCUUUAUUUGAUCCCUGAUACAUAAGCAAACUUCUUUCUUUUAUCUUAUUUGUUUGAUAUGAAAUGUGAAGAAUGCAAUGUCAUUGUAUCACUUUGUGGUCCCUUUAUAUAUAAAUAUAUUCUUCUUUUCAUAUUUUGUUA